AUGACCUCAAUCUACGUCCGGUCGAAUUCUCUGCAGAGUUCUUCACUGUGCUCGAACACGGACGACACGCCAAUCUAAGUCUCGUUCGAUUCCGUCAAGAGCGCGGUGCAGCUUCCUCUUUUCAUAAAGUCGUUGAUACCUUGGAGUUGGUCUUGAAACGGCGGUCAUUUGUCGUUGAAGACCCAGUCCGGUCCAAAAAGAUGGUCAAAAUUCUAGAUAAUGUGCCUUAG